CUCAUUUCAGACAGAGAUCUUAAAACGGCAAGCAAGUCCUGCGAUGAAGCUGCUGAAUGGUCUUCUAAACAUGCAUGAUGGCUUUGGAGACGAUUCUUGGCUCAAAGACUGCAGAAAACGAAUGGCUGAGACAUUCCCACGGGAAGACCCCUUCAGCAUUCUAAUGCCACCCGGUUUCGACAUUGAUAUGCAUAAAGGACCGUUACGGUCGCCCGUUGAGACAGACAACACCCUUCUGAGAGUAGACUUUGUAAGAGAAGUUGAUGCAUUGCUGCAUGAAGUGAGAUUAAUAGAGGAAGACGAGGAGGAAGCUGGUAAGAAAGGAGACCCUGAAGCGAUAGCACGUAAGUUGAAGCAGCAAGAGAAGAAGCGAACCAUCCGUCAAGUUGAAGCCCUUCUUGAUUUGGCCCUCAACUUGAAGUGGUAGGUUAGGUACCAAGAGUUGUUUGUAAAGAAAAUACGAUACUAAUAUAGGAUUGUGGGAGCAUCAUGCUUUUUCUUAAGGAAUAUUGGUCAGAUCAAAAUUUUACCCGCAUUAUUCUGCAUGAUGAGGGCUUGGAAGAAUUUUCUGUGGACAUAGUUAAGCUCCACCACAACACUUUUUUCCUCCGUUUGGCCUCCCACGAUGCACUCCUAGCUACGUAAAAUGAUCUUUUUUUUUGGUCAACUGAAAUUCUAUAUCAUUCACGAGGAGGGAAUACAUUGUGAAAUACAUAACCAAAGAAAGAAGAAUAAAUCCAGAGACAUAGCCCUAUGUAAAGGAAGCAUUCAUAACAAAACCGACAAUGCAAAAUACCAUAGUAAAUAAAAUUUGUUCAAAAAGAAAAAUACCAUAUUAGGCCUAAAGACCGAAACAAGUGAGAGUUUUUUUUGGAAGGAUCUGUUCCACUUGGAAUGAGAGGUAAGGAAACGUUUAUGCUCCUUGGCUUUUUGAAGUAUUUAUUCUGUUUAUCUGGAAAUCCACUCUUGCAGAGACAUGAAAAGCAGUUAUUUACUCAUCUUCUAGUGAGUCAUCAUACAUAACAUACUAUUUCAUAAGAUUGUGUCCCAAGAUAUUAUAUUUACCUUUACUGGAAUCGUGGCAUAUGUGUCUUCUGACAGUUGAAGUUUAUUGGGGAUUUAAUAAUGGAGUAAAGAAUCACUGACGACAAAACCGAAAAUAAUUUGUUGAUUUACGGAUCCAGGCAUGUGGCAUUAGAGAGGUCAUGACUAGAGAAACUUGAGAGAGACGGAAAGUAGUAAAGGGUGGUGUGAAAGCUAGAAGGAAAAACACCGACGUGAUGUGGCUCUAAUUUAGAAAAGAGAUAGGCUAGUAGUGGAAGUAAGACCAUCCACAAUGCUGAUACUCUUGGCUCUAUAACCAUGAUAAGUUUUUUAAAUUAUUUUAUUAUUUUUAUUUUAUUUUUUAGCUAAAAAAAAAUAAAAAGAAAGGAGCCAAUCGCGGAAUCCCACGUGGCAGGUGGGAUCCGCGCACAGUAACAAAUCUGAUUCUUAGCUAAGGAUUAAUUUGGCACAAACUCUUAAAUUUAAUGGGCCCCACAUAUUAUUAUAAUAUUUUUUAUUAAGGAUUUUUUGUUAAGAAUCCCCAUUGGACAUGUUCUUAGGGUUGUUGACGAAGUGAGUAUGUACAUAUUUUUUUUUGCUAAAAGGUAAAUAUCUUAUAAAUGAAGAAGUUAGAUUUUACAAAAAGAAGAUCUAGAGUUUGUUACACCUUGGCAAAAGAAAGAAAAACAAGGUAAUAACAAGAUUAAUGAGCAGAGAAGACUCCAUGUUCAUCGCAUCCAUUUCGCCAUUAGAGUAAGGAAUUGCUUCCUCCCUCUUCUAGCAGUGAUGGUGUUUCGCAUUUCCUUGUCAAUGAUUCUGAAGAUAGUUUCGCAUUUCCUUGUCAAUGAUUCUGAAGAUAGUCUGUAUGUACAUAUGAUAUGUUUUUCUUCUGGAACCAGAACCUCAAAAAUAAAAAGCAGAGAGGGUGAUAAAAUGGUAAGAGAGAAAGAGAAAGAGAGAGAGCACGUGUCUUUAUGCUCUUCUUUAUAUUUUUUUGUCAACAUUAUUUGGUUAUGUGGAUUUUCAGCUUGGAGAGGUAUAUGAUGUAUAUUCUUCACUCCCUUCCAUUGUAAUAGUGUUUCAGUAAAAUAGUUUCUGAUGCUAUUUUUGAGGUGGAAUUGAAUGAGUAGACAUCCUCGUACAUGAAUAAUAUAAUAUGGGAAUAUAGUAUAACAAGAUUCAACUAUCUUGGAUUAUUUCUAAUGAAAGGCAAAACUUCAUGUAAUGUAAGUGCCACAGAGAGCAAAAAGCGGAGUCCCGCUCGGAAAAAGGACAUAAAUAAAAGGUUGCUCUCUUUGUUUUUCAUUUUCGAAAGAGAGAGAGAGAGAUGGGUGCUUCUGUUUCGGUUCCCGAGAGAUCCGUCCAUCAAUUCACCGUCAAGGAUAGCUCUGGCAAGGACGUGAACUUGAGCAUAUACCAAGGGAAAGUCCUCCUCCUUGUCAAUGUCGCUUCCAAAUGCGGUUUCACCGAAUCCAAUUAUACCCAGCUCACCGAACUUUACCGGAAAUACAAGGACCAAGGGUUUGAGAUCUUGGCGUUCCCUUGCAAUCAGUUUCUUUACCAAGAGCCCGGCACGAGUCAAGAGGCUCAUGAGUUUGCGUGUACGCGGUUUCAGGCCGAAUACCCUGUUUUCCAAAAGGUACGUGUAAACGGUCAAAACGCAGCACCACUCUACAAGUUCCUUAAGGCAAGCAAGCCCACUUUUCUUGGUUCCAGAAUUAAGUGGAACUUCACCAAAUUCUUGGUCAGCAAAGAUGGCAUAGUGAUUGAUCGUUACGGUACGAUGGCUACACCGCUAUCAAUCGAGAAAGACAUUAAAAAAGCUCUGGAAGAGGCUUGAUACAGCAGACGUGAUUGCCUUUUAUCUCAGGACACCUAAUAAAUUCGCAGUUGAUUUGUACGAUGACCCCAGCUUUUAUGUUUUAAAUCUACGUUGCUCUUUCUUUAACGGCUUAGUUGCAUCAUGUACUGACAUAUGAUGAUGGUCGGAGAGGUUUGAAA